CCAACAGAUAGGAAGAACUUUGCUUCAAAGCGGCAAAGCAAAAUCGAUUGCUGAAGGUUUUCUCGCGCCCGCCAUUAUCGAAACCUCUCUCCUCCUCUUAAGCCAAAUUUCCCGAUGUGAACAAACAACCUUCAGAUUAAUCCAACCACCGUCACGCAUCCUCUCUCUUUCUCUGUCGCCGACAUGUCUCCGUCGUCGCGGACUUUUGGCUUCUUCUCCUUCCUCGUGUUCUCUCUGUUCUCCUUCGUUUCUUCCGACGAUCUCCAACUCUUACUCAAGCUCAAAUCAUCCCUCGUGAAUUCGAACCCCGGCGUUUUAGAUUCCUGGAAGCUGAACUCCGGCGCCGGACCCUGCGGCUUCACCGGAGUAACCUGCGAUUCUAGAGGCUCCGUUACGGAGAUUGAUCUCUCGCAUCGAGGUUUAUCUGGGAAGUUUUCAUUCGAUUCGGUUUGUGAGAUCAAGAGCCUCGAGAAACUCUCACUCGGAUUCAACUCACUCUCUGGAAUAAUCCCCAGCGAUUUGAAAAACUGCACGAGUCUCAAGUAUUUGGAUCUCGGGAACAAUUUGUUCUCUGGUCCUUUCCCUGAGUUCUCUUCUCUGAAUCAGUUACAGUACCUGUAUUUAAACAACAGCGCGUUUUCCGGCGUCUUUCCGUGGAAUUCGCUGCGAAACGCGACGGGACUCGUCGUUUUGAGCCUCGGCGACAAUCCGUUCGAUCCGGCGUCGUUUCCCGAAGAGGUCGUUUCUCUGACCAAACUCUCGUGGCUCUAUUUGUCAAACUGCAGCAUCACCGGGAAAAUCCCUCCGGGGAUCGGAGACUUGACGGAGCUUCAGAACUUGGAGAUUUCCGAUAGCGCUCUCACCGGAGAGAUUCCGCCGGAGAUCGUGAAACUCAGCAAACUCCGGCAGCUAGAGCUUUACAACAACAACUUAACCGGAAAAUUCCCUACCGGGUUCGGAAGCUUGAAGAAUCUGACUUACUUGGAUACAUCCACAAAUCGUUUAGAAGGCGAUUUAUCGGAGCUCAGAUCUCUCACCAAUCUCGUUUCUCUUCAACUAUUCGAAAACGAAUUCUCCGGUGAGAUUCCGCCGGAGUUCGGCGAAUUCAAGUAUCUCGUCAAUCUCUCUUUGUACACAAACAAGUUAACCGGCCCUCUCCCUCAGGGACUCGGUUCUCUCGCCGAUUUUGAUUUCAUCGACGCGUCUGAGAAUCAUCUAACCGGACCGAUUCCUCCGGAUAUGUGCAAAAGAGGAAAGAUGAAAGCUCUUCUUCUCCUGCAAAACAACCUCACUGGCUCCAUCCCGGAGUCGUACACCACCUGUUUGACUAUGCAACGGUUCAGAGUUGCCGAUAACUCGCUCAACGGUUCAGUUCCCGCCGGAAUUUGGGGCUUACCGAAGCUCGAGAUCAUUGACUUAGCCAUGAACAACUUCCAAGGUCCGAUCACCACCGAUAUAAAGAAGGCGAAAAUGCUCGGAACGUUGGAUCUAGGGUUCAACAGGUUUUCCGAUGAGCUGCCUGAGGAUAUAGGUGGCGCGGGUUCUCUGACUAAGGUUGUGCUCAACGAUAACCGGUUUUCCGGGAAGAUUCCAAGCUCCUUUGGGAAACUGAAGGGACUUAGUAGUCUUAAGAUGCAGAGCAACGGCUUCUCCGGUAACAUACCGGACUCGAUUGGAUCGUGUUCGAUGCUCAGCGAUCUGAACAUGGCUCAAAACUCGUUAUCCGGCGAGAUCCCGCACAGUCUUGGAUCUCUUCCGACUCUCAACGCUUUGAAUCUUUCGGACAAUAAGCUUUCUGGGAGAAUCCCAGAGAGCUUGUCGUCUCUAAGGCUUAGCCUACUUGAUCUGUCAAACAACAGAUUAACAGGUCGUGUCCCUCUGAGUUUGUCGUCAUAUAACGGUAGCUUCAACGGCAAUCCUGGACUCUGCAGCAUGACGAUCAAAUCGUUUAACCGGUGCAUUAAUUCUUCAGGAGCGCAUCGAGACACUCGCAUCUUCGUGAUGUGUAUAGUUUUUGGUUCACUGAUCUUGCUUGCGUCUCUUGUGUUUUUCUUGUACCUAAAGAAAACCGAGAAGAAGGAAAGGCGAACUCUGAAACACGAAUCUUGGAGUAUCAAGUCGUUCAGAAGGAUGAGUUUCACUGAAGAUGAUAUCAUCGAUUCGAUCAAAGAAGAAAAUUUGAUCGGUAGAGGUGGUUGUGGCGAUGUGUACAGAGUAGUGCUCGGUGAUGGUAAAGAACUAGCUGUCAAACACAUUCGGACUAGUAGUACAGACACUUUUACUCAGAAGAAUUUUAGUAGCGCGACGCCGAUUCUCACUGAAAAGGAAGGAAGAUCGAAAGAGUUUGAAACAGAGGUGCAAACACUAAGCUCGAUACGGCACUUGAACGUGGUGAAACUCUACUGUAGCAUCACGAGCGAUGACUCUAGCUUGCUGGUGUAUGAGUACUUGCCUAAUGGGAGCUUAUGGGACAUGCUUCACUCGUGCAAGAAGUCGAAUCUCGGUUGGGAAACACGGUAUGAUAUUGCUCUUGGUGCAGCCAAAGGGCUUGAGUACUUGCAUCAUGGAUACGAGAGACCGGUGAUUCACCGUGAUGUUAAAUCAAGUAACAUAUUGCUAGAUGAGUUCUUCAAGCCUAGGAUUGCGGAUUUCGGUCUUGCCAAGAUUCUUCAGGCUAACAAUGGCGGUCUAGAUUCCACUCAUGUCGUUGCGGGAACAUACGGCUACAUAGCUCCAGAGUAUGGAUACUCGUCGAAAGUGAAUGAGAAAUGCGAUGUGUAUAGCUUUGGAGUUGUGUUAAUGGAGCUUGUCACAGGGAAAAAACCGAUAGAGGCGGAGUUUGGAGAGAGCAAAGAUAUAGUGAAUUGGGUUAGCAACAAUCUGAAGAGUAAAGAGAGUGUUAUGGAAAUUGUGGACAAGAAGAUAGGAGAAAUGUAUAGAGAAGAUGCAGUCAAGAUUCUAAGGGUUGCAAUCCUAUGCACCGCAAGACUACCUGGACAAAGGCCGACGAUGAGGAGCGUAGUUCAGAUGAUCGAGGACGCAGAACCAUGUAGAUUGAUGGGUAUUGUGAUUAGCAAAGAGAGUGAUGUGAAGAUCAAAGAAAUAAGUUGAUGACUGAGGACCAAAUCGAUCUCUUUUUUUGGGUAUGUUUUUGGUAACUAUGAAGCUUAGAGAGAAGACUAAUGUGGAUCAUCUAAAUUUGGUACGACGAAAGAGUUUAGAUGGAGAUACUGAUUCUAGUCCUGGUUAUGAAAUUUUAGGUGAUGUAAUGAUCUCAUGUAAACUAUUUCUUGUAAUUUUAGAAUUUUGGUAUAAGGUUUUCGACGUAGUUGAUGAAGGUCAACAGUCAACUACCAUUUGAUGUUUCUAGUGGCUAGAUAUACU